AUGGAGGAGGGGGAGGGGGUCCGCGGCUGCAGCGCCGCCGGCCGCCAACCCCGCGCCGCGCCCGGCCCUCCCCCGAACCCCUCACCUCUCGGCCACCACCAUCUUCCCCGCCCGGCCACCUCCUCCCUCCUCGCGCCUGCCCGCCGCCCACCCCAGCGGACUAGUUACCGUGCCCCGCGCCCCCUCCCGGGCCAGCUGGGGGGAGGGGGUGACCCUCAUUACACUGGGGCGCGAGCGGAGCGGGCGGGUGAAGUCGGGCUCGCGAGCGCGCUGCCCAAUCAGCGAGGCUGCCGCUGCCGCCCCCUCCCCUCCCCCUGCGCGCCCGCUCGCGGCCCGGGCCUACGGGCCGGCCCGGCUGCCCGGGCGGGGCCUGAGGCAGGCUCCCCAGGGGCCUCGCGCGCCUCCCCGGAGUGUCGGGGCCUGCGGGCGUCCCCGGCGGCACCUGGCCCGGGCCGAGGCCUGUCCGACCGCCCCGCCAGCCCCGUUCGGGUCCGCGUCAGUCCCGGCCUCCAUCUUAGGUUACAGCCCGGGCUCCCCAUCCACUGGGCACCUGCCCUCAGCCCGCUCGGUUCGGCCCGAGGCCAAGGCAACCCCCCUCCUUGCCGCACGGCUCACCUGGGGGCUUGGGCUGGGGUCUUCGAGGCCUCAGACCCCGAGCAGGCGCGGCCACAGGUGAACCCCGGCCCGGCCGCACCCCAAACCCACACCACCACCACCACAGACCAAGCUGAGCAGGAAACAAAAUGGAGGCAGCAGCCCGGGUCUGCCUCCCCGAGCCAAGCCCGUGCAGCCCCAGGGCUCCCUCCUGCUGCAGGCUCGACGCCCGCGAGGCAGGGGGUUGGCUUCUCCGGGGCGCCGCGGGCAGCCGCCCCAGAGCAGCGCAGACGGGCCGAAGGCUCGGCCCUGCGGUCCCCACAGCCCCUCACCCACCACCCUUCCCCUUCCCCCUCCCCCCAUGCCUCUUCCUCCCCCUGCCCGGCCGUGCGGGGUGAGCGGCUCCGGGGAGCCGGGUCGGGUUACCCGCCCGGGCACUGCCCGCCCGGCCGUGGCCUCGGCAGAGGGAUGAGGCCGGGCAACCCCAGCGCUGAGCCCACCCCCCGCACCCGAGCCCGGCUGCAGCCUGACAGCGCGCCCGCACCUCGGCCUGUCGCCGUGCGGUCCCCGCCGGGCGAGGCCGAGUCCCCAGCCCGGGCACCGCGGGAACGAAGCUCCCGCACGCACGCUGGGGCCCGGGGGUCCUCGCUGCCUCGGGCGGGGCGAGGGGAGCGCGGGGGGAGGGGUCCACUAAUCCCUGCGCCGCCUCCCGCGCCCAGUCUGGGUCUGGGCCUGGCACCGGGGCUCGGGCAGUGGGCGCUGGCGGGUGUGGGUAGGUGCGUGCACGCGGGGCUGGGGGCCGGGAGGGGCCGCGCCUCGCACCGCAGACGCUGCAGUUCUCCGGGUCCAGGCAGAUGGCCCUCUCUUGCCACCGCCGUCCGGCGCAGGCCGCCUGCUCCACUGCCCGGCUCCCCAGGGAGCGCGCGCAUCGCCCCUGCGAGCCGGGCAGCGGGACCCGGACGGAGCUGCGCCGGGAAGACGGACCGCUGGCCGGCCCCGCCAAGCCUGAGGGUGCGACCCCGGGACAGGGGCUCUCUGAUCUCUGGCAUGUGGGACCUCAUGGCCUGUACCCAGCGCCAGGGUCCCGUAGCACCAACUUCGCGCAGCCACGGCGCGUCCAAUCCGCAAAGGCAGCGGAAGGACAGGUUGCGGAAUCCAAGCCAGGCCUGA